AGGAACCACCGAGCAACGCAUCCCCCGGAAACGCAUUACUUGAGUAAAUGCCAGUCGAUCAACCAUACCCUCGGUGCUUAUUAUGCCACGCCUCCCUCUAGGGGAGGCCGUUUGGUGCCGUGGAAGGUUUGUUUUUCUUUUCCUUCUUGUCUUUAGCUUUCCCGUCGUGUUCUUCUACACAUUUUGUGAUAUAUAAGUAAUCCAAGCUCAUUUCCCGCUGUUACAUAUACAACCUCUCCCUGGUUCUAAACUAUAAAUUGCAAUGGAGACUAUGGCUUGCUUUGGAGGAGACGAUGACUUUGCCCUGUCGUCUCAUGCCUUGGACGCCCUCAAAGAGUUCUAUGCCGAUAGGGAUGCGAUGAAGGCCAGGUUUGAGGACCUCAAGACGGACGCAGAGAAGCGUCAUGCCGAGACUCUGUCCAUUCAUGACUUUGGUGAGGAUUGGCAGGCCUCGCAGUUCUGGUACUCCGAUGACACCGCAAACCUCAUCGCCAGGCAGCUGCUUGACGGGGCGACUCCCGAGACUACCAUCGCGGCUGUUUCGGCACCGAGCGUCUUUAUUGCGCUCAAGAACGCCAUCGCUUCGUGGGACCAAGAGUCGAGGCCAAAGCUCGUGCUUUUGGAGUACGACUCGAGGUUCUCGAUAUUCCCGGAAUAUGUCUUUUACGACUAUAACCAGUCCCUGAAGCUGCCGGAGUCCCUACUGGGUGCCGUGGACCGCAUGGCAAUUGACCCUCCAUUCCUUAAUGAGGACUGUCAAUCAAAAGAGGCAACAACAGUGAAGGCCCUGGCGAGGCCCUCGUCCGCGACGAGCGACGGGGCGCGCAUCGUCAUCUGUACGGGCGAGCGCAUGGAGACCCUGCUCACGACCAAGCUCUACUCGGAGCUGGGCCUGCGGACCACCACUUUUGAGCCCGAGCAUGCCAACAAGCUCAGUAAUGAGUUUUACUGCUAUGCAAACUUUGAGUGCGACGAGUGGGAGUGGCGAGAGAAGAUUGCUCUUGCUGCGUGAUGCCUGAUUUUUUUUUUUGGUACAAAGGCAUCUCAAAAUUCGAAGGUGUUGGUUUGAAUGGAGGUGGGGAAAAGGCGUUGGCGUUCAUGUUUUCUUCUUUUUCGUAUGUUGGAAAUGAGUUUUAAGCCCGGCGUCCUUCAUAAGUUACUUUAGCGUCAUUUGCGAUUUUUCCAUGAACCAGACUCGACAGUGCUUGGUUGUGAUCCAGAACGUGAUUUGGUUGUCGUUAAUAGAUCAAGACUGUCCCAAAAGACAUGUAAUUAUACACAACUCCUCCCCAGUCCAGCACGCCUCCAGAUUACUCC